CUGCUCCUGCUCUUGAUGACCUCCAGAGGUCCCUUCCGCCCCCCCGACCUUCUGCCAUUCCACAGAAGCCGCUCGGCUGCCACUGCUGACUGCGUUCCGCGGCCCCAGCGCUGCUCCUCGGCCGCUCGCAGCUGCCCUGGACGGGCGCAAGUCCCCGCGAGCUCCCGGCACGGACGCUCGCCACGGCCGGCGCCAGCUCCGCGCCUUGCCCACCGGGGGGCGCUGCCGCCCCGGGGAGGAGAGGCCCAGGCGGCCGGGCCCGCCCCUGCGCCGGUGCGUCGGCGAAAGGCGUCCGGGUCCGUUCCGUUCUCCCGGCCGCAGCUGGCAGGCAGGCCGGCGGCAGCGGCUAUGGUGGGCCCCGGCCCGGGCGGCGCCGCGCCGCUGGAGAACGCCAACCCCCUCAUCUACCGGCGCUCCGGGGAGCGGCCGGUGACAGCGCAGGAGGAGGACGACGAUCUGCCGGACACCAUCGACGACCGGGAGAUCUUCGAUCUCAUUCGCUCCAUCAACGACCCCGAGCACCCCCUCACCCUGGAGGAGCUGAACGUGGUGGAGCAAGUGCGAGUCAAAGUGAAUGAUGCAGAAAGCACAGUGGCAGUGGAGUUCACUCCCACCAUCCCUCACUGCAGCAUGGCCACCUUAAUUGGCCUCUCCAUCAAAGUGAAACUGAUCAGAUCUCUGCCUGAGAGAUUCAAGCUGGAUGUUCAUAUAACACCAGGAACACAUGCCUCUGAGCAUGCAGUUAACAAGCAGCUCGCUGAUAAAGAGCGUGUGGCAGCUGCCCUGGAAAACUCUCACUUGCUGGAAGUGGUGAAUCAGUGCUUGUCUGCUCGAACGUAGCUCCCCUUGAGGAAAGCCUUGGAUCCUGCCUGUGUUCAGCUGACUUUGUGUAUAAGUGGUGAUGCUGCUGUGACACCGGGCAUGUUCUGUCAGCAAAAUAAAGUCUCUUUGGAUUUGCUUGCAAAA